AUGCAUUUACAAACUUAUUGCGAUGGUGAUUUUGACGUAAAAAUAAUCGUUAGUAAAGCGCGAAGGACUAAAGAAUUUAAAGCACAUUCAACAAUUUUACGUUCCCGUUCUCGUUAUUUUCAUACUGCAUUAUCAGAACGAUGGAUGAAUAAAGAACAUGGUUUUUAUGUUUUUACAAUGAAAAAUAAUUAUCCUUCAAUAUUUAAGAUUAUUCUUGA